GUGUCGCCGUGUCGUCUCAAGCAGAAAUUGCCGAGUCAGCACUGCAGCACGUGCAGAGUGGUACGGGCCCAUGCGAUCGAUUGGCCAGUUUGCCCCGCAGUCAUCGAUGUCGGCCACAACAACGAAGAAGGUCAACACCAAGGCCAUGCGUAUCCAUGGCAAGUGGUACGAUGUGGAGGGCUUCAACCACCCCGGCGGUCCCGUCAUGAUCUCUCUCGGCAAAGGGCGUGACGCCACAGGCCUCUUCGAGUCCCACCAUCCCUUCACGAGCCGCGCGCGGUUGGAGAAGCUGCUGGCCAAGUACGAAACACACGAGCCGUGCCGCCUGCUGGACGAGAGCGACCAGGGCACCGAGUUUGAGUGGCCCGAGUACGAGAACAAGGACGGCAAGGUGGCCGACGGUGCGCCCGUGUCUGCGUUUGGCAAGGAGCUGGUUGACCAGGUGAAGCACUACUUUGAGGGCGAGGCCAAGCGCCGCGGCGUGUCCCUGCUCGACGCCACAAAGGCCACCCCGAUGCGCUGGCUCGAGCUCUUUGUGCUGUUUUCCCUGUUCCUGGCCACGCUGCCCGGCUUCUUCCGCGGCGAGUACUGGACCCUCAUUGCCAUGCCGCUCACCUACUGGGUCAUUGGCGUCAACAUCUUCCACGACGGCUCCCACUUUGCCCUCUCCCGCCACUGGCGCGUCAACGCGCUGGCCACGUACAUUGGCUGGUACUUCAGCUCCCCGAUUGAGUGGUACCACCAGCACGUCAUUGGCCACCACGUGUACGCCAACAUCCCGCGCAAGGACCCGGACCUGUACCACAACAACGCCAUGGAGCGCCACACCCACACGCUGCGGUGGAAGCCCAUGCACGCCCACCAGCCGUCCACGUGGCUGCCCAUCUGGGUCAUUGGCACCUUUGCCAUGAACUACCUGAAGCCCCUGCAGAUGGAGAUGUCGGGCCACUACAACCGCGCCGUGGCCAAGAUGGAGAUGACGCGCUCCCGCUGGCUCCUGCACUGGGCCGGCCGCGUCUUCGUCUACGCCAUGUGCCACCUCCUCCCGUUUGCCCUCUUCCCCUGGCCAAAGGCAAUCCUGUUUGCCGUCGUCCCCGUGACCAUCGUCUCGCUCUGCUUCAUGCUCUCCUCCCAGAUCAACCACCUCACCAGCCCCAACAUUGACCAGUACUCUUCCGACUUUUACAAGCACCAGGUGCUGACGAGCCACACGGUUGGCAAGGACAGCUACCUCACCUUCCUCUUCACGGGCGGCCUCAACUUCCAGAUUGAGCACCACCUCUUCCCCUGCGUCAACCACUGCCACCACCGCGCCCUGCAGCCCAUCGUGCAGCGCCUGUGCAAGAAGCACAACGUGCCCUACCACUACACCCCGACCCUGUACCAGGCCUUCCGCAAGUACAUUGACCACCUCAAGGAGCUUGCCGUCAAGCCAUCCCAAUAAUGCGCCAACCUCUUGCUCUCCU